CUUGGUAUCGUUUCUUCAUGGAAUUUGUUUGUGAGAGACGAGAGACCGAAGGCUCGAGUUGUAGUGAGUGUGAUGAUGCGAAUUCAGAUGCAGAAGUUCAUGGUCAUGAUCAUCAGCUGACUAGCUAUCAUCAGACGAGUCAGUCUACUGUAGAUACAGCUCAUCCUGUGACAUGUAGGCUAAAACACUGGCAGACGGAAAUCAACCAGAACGUGAAGGGUUCCUACUAUCUAGUAGGCAAGGCAUUAUAUCAAAUUUUGUACGUGGAAAAACUGCUCAACUCGACGUCGUUUGUUCCGUGGGUGAAGGAGACGUUUGGAUUGACUCGUUCGACGGCGUACGAAUACGUGCGUGCAUAUAGAGUUGUAGAGCUGCUGCAGAAGGUGGAUCCGUCACUUCCGGUUCCUUCUACACUCUCCCAUUUCCGGGUGUUUAAUAAGUGCAAGCUCGAUUCCGUCGAAGUUCCCCGCGUUUGGAGACGCGUUCUAAAAUCUGUUCCAUCUAACUGUCAACGACUGACUGCAAAGAUGGUAAUUGCUAGUCGAAAAGGAAUGGCUCCGGUAGAGGAAAGACGUAAAGCCAGUUGUAUUCAUAGUGUAGACAGUACAGGACAUUGUUUUACUGCUACUGGCUUUUCAACAAGUGAUGAUGAUGAUGAUAGUAAUGGUGCUCCGGCAGCUAAACGUAAGAAAAGCGUAAGCAGUGAUGGCUUGUGUUCUCCUUCUGAUGAGAUCAAUCCCAACAACAUCCCAAAGUAUCUAACAAUGGAAAUGUUGACGGGAAUGGUAAAAGAAUGCCAGAAUCCGUUGGUCUGCUCUACAACGUCUGUCAGUCCUAGAGAAGAUAAAUGGCAGGAAGUCGUGUUUGCCAAUCUAGUGGCUCUCUUUCCUGACGACGUUGGUUUCAAAGAUCAAGGGGCUUUCAUGGAAAAUAUUUUGUACAGAUUUGAACAAGGCAUGAUGAAGAGAGGUAUUUUUGUUGUCCAGAUGGCAUUUCAUUCUCCCAGCUUUGUCAGUCUUCUUGGUUAUCCACAUUGUUAUUUGAAACCACUUGCUGUGGUCGAUACUGGCAAUGGCUCGGAUGGUAGUUCUCUACCAAUGUCCUUGUGUCCUGGUGCCUGCAAUCUGAAAGGCUUUGUUCUCAAGCAAUGUGUAGCCAUUUACAUUGGAAAAUAUGCAGAAAAAUUUGUACAGGUUUUCUCUCGUUGUGGAGUUAUUCCAGGUGUAAACAGUUGGUCACUCUGAUGUUGAGUAGCCCUCCUUUCUUGCUAUUGAUAGUGUACAUGGAGACUGACAAGCUACAAACUUUUCUUGCAAACUAAUGAACUUCUUUAUUUCAGUGAUAAGCUAUGUAGUCACACUGUACAGUUUGAUGUACUACAGAUUUCUCUGUACCAGUGUUUGCUCUGCUAUUUGCUAGUGGAACAGGAACACGUUGUGCAUGAGUACGUGAAUAUCCUGAUCGGGUCGCGCAAGAAGAAGACUGGGUAGAAGUUCUAGUGGGAUAGUGUAACAGAAGCUCUGGCAAGGACAAUGUCAUACUUGCUCACAUGCAAGGGGAUUGAGAUUACUAACAAGUAUACAAUGUGGUGCGCAGACACAGAUGCACUAUCGUUGCAGUUGCCUUUUCAUGGUGAACUAGCAAGUUACCACAAGAAAAUGUUAGGUUGGCCAGAGUAUUCUACUAGCCAUAGGUUGCUCUCAAGGUCAGGCAUACAGUUGUUUACUAUACACUCCAUGCAGCGUUAAUUCGCUUUGAGGGAGAUAUCACCUUGGAGCCGUUUGUCCAGGACAAGUACAAACUUACACACGCACAAACUCGCACACAUUCACAGGACGCCGAUACGUACUCUACCUUUAUCUACGUAAGUAAGGAGUAUACGUGCGGCAAACCAAUUUUUUCACGGUUGCUCGAGUGUGGCGCAUGCUUUCCUGCAUCUAAAUGGAGCAUUGUGAAGUGCAAGUCGGUGUUCUGGGAAAGAAGCCUGAUGAUGCUUUCGUGGUUUAGAUUCAUCAACAACAUGCAUCUACGCCUUGCAUUUAGGACUAGUCCGAGUAGUCGGUCAGUUGAAAUAUUUUGUAGUGAUGCAACUGUCUAGUGUCUGUUGUCCUUGUUCGCACUGUGGGAGACCGCGUGAGCAGCAAAUGUUCGGUUUCUGGUCAGGAGAGCAUCCGAUACGCUGGGCGGUCUUCGUUGCGCGCGCGCCGCUCUUGACUCAAUAGUUUCGUCUAGACGUGGAAGAGACCUAACAAUUGCCUGCACGGAAGCCGGCCCUCGUUAUUAUUGUAUAACUCACCAAAUUCCAGAGAAAACUUUUAGUGUACCGCUGAACUACCUGCCUCUAAUAAUCCAGUCUUUUCUGAGUACUAAGUCGUGUAGGUGAGAACGAUGGAUAUCAUGCUGUUGUAUGACGUCAGCUAGUAGAGUAAAUUUACUUGGAAUUUCGAGCACCUUUAAAUACGGUUACUUGCGCUUGAUAAUGUUCAGAAGACGACUUGCAGUGGAGUGAGACGAGUGAGGAAAGAGCAUGGCUACGUCUGGUAAUCGCGUGAGCAAAGUGCUCAGAGUGAUGCUGUUGCUGACUGUCACUAUAAUUUACAACAAGACAGUCGAAUCACAGUCUAGUUCGAUAGAGACAGAUCUGGACCGACAGUUGUUAACUAAGCGGUCUGGUAUUCCUGGAGUUCCCGGAUCACCCGGUCGUAAUGGGUCUCCCGGAAGAGAUGGCAGAGAUGGUGCGAAAGGCGACAGAGGCAGCGCAGGCGUAAAGGGGGAAAAGGAGAGCGAGGAGAAAUAGGGCACAAGGGCAGCCUAGGACCAACA